CCGGAGAGGUGUCUCGUUGGUGUUGGCGGCCUCAUUAUUCUCAUUGUUGUGUCGUGUUUAGUGCUCGGUCCCGAAGGCUGCAACCUAUUCAUCUACCAUCUGCCUCAAGAGUUCGGCGAUGCCGAACUCAUACAGAUGUUCGCGCCAUUCGGCAAUGUGAUUUCGGCCAAGGUAUUUGUGGACCGAGCCACCAACCAGAGCAAAUGCUUCGGUAGUGUCGUCGGGUUCGUUACAGGAUUCGUGUCGUACGAUUCGUUGGCGGCUUCACAGGCCGCGAUCGCGGCGAUGAACGGCUUCCAGAUCGGCAUGAAACGCCUCAAGGUGCAGCUGAAACGACCGCGUCACGAUCGGCCAUACUAG